GGAAAGUGGAAGCAGGCCGAGACUCCGAUGUGCACGAGCGCUGAGAAGACCUUUUGCUUUUGAAUUGGACGCACAACGGGCGUUUUCAGAAACACACACACACGCAAAAAAAAAGAAUUGGCGUGGAUGUGGAAACGGUGAGUGGUGGAGUUCGCAGCUUGUGUGUGUGUGUGUGUGUACUUCAAGGACGAAUUUUACGGCCGUAGUGAAAGGCAGCAGCUCUUUCCCUUCGCACUCCUUCCGUUCCUAUCCUCUUCACAGAAUGCCACCUUCGCAGUCUGCUGUGCCUCUGCGGCGACUUCGCGGACAUGGCUGUCUUUCUUACGCGGUGCGGCCGUCGAUUAUUGCCACGUGCACCCCAGGAGCGGCGUUCUCCACGUCGGACCCGCCACCUUCUUCUUCACCGCGGCCUGCAGCACGGCCCUCUCCCGCACCGACAGAUCCCGAUGUGCCACCAGCGAAACCGCACCGCGAUGAUCGAAAGGACCCGCGGCACGCGACGGCGUUGUCGAACGUACCCGCCACGCGUGUGCCCGCUCCGCCCUCCGGGCCCCCGCACACGUUACCCGGCGUUUCCCCCUCCGCCACGCAGCUUCUCUCGCUGAACCACUUACAGCGAAUGCUGCGGCGUCUGCCGGUGGGUGCGUCCGCCUCGCUGUUUCACUACAACGAGCUGCCGUCGAACGUGCAGAGACGCGUGCCUGUCUCCACCCGGGAGCGCUUACGGGAGAACGCGACGAGCGCGAUGUCGCAGACGGUGAUGGAGCGGGGAAGCGACACUAACGGCAAAGGCAGCAGUGGUGGUGGUGACGGCGCUGAUUCGCCAAGGGCCGCUGUACAUGAUUCCGCAAUGCAACCGAGUAGAUCCUCCCCCACCUCCACCACCGCUGCCAAUUCAAGUAAAAACAGUGUCCAACCGAAAAGCUUUGACGCUGACAGACUCCUGCUGCUCCACGAACCGCAGCUCGCACCUUCCUCCACGAGCAUCUACGCACUUUUCCGCCGAGCCGUCAAAGAACGUCAGUUCCUUCGACGCCAACAGCAAGGGCGUCCAACGAACGACAGUGGGCCCGACGUCUCGGGUGGCGGCGACGACGAUCUCCGCUAUUUAGACGCGCUCGAGGAGCCGUGUUUACUCCUGCCAGACACGUACCACUCCUUCGUGGCACUCGGACUGACGGCAGAUCGCGCCACUGCGUUGGACGCCGCUGCUGCGUCCAGCCCCGGACGAUGCGACGCCGACCCGCACACGGACCCGGCGGCGCGGCUGGACCGGUUUCAUCUGGGUCUCGUGACGGAGUGCACCACCUACCGCGUCGACUACGCCGCCGCCCCACACACGUACAUUUUGGGUGUCCCGACCGCACUUCUCGACGUGCUUGCAGGCGCUGCCCCUCAAGGGGACGACGGCGGCGACGGCACCGUUGCGGCAGCGGCAACAUCUGCGGUAGGGGCAGAGGCUUCCACGGAAAGACAAGGGAGGCUGACGUGCCCCUGGCGAGCACCCGUCGAUAUCGCACGCUGGGUCGUGCACGACGCCGUCUCCUCCCAAUUUUUGUUGCGACGUCGCGGGCGGCACUCCCGCCGUGCUGCUGCUAUUGAUCCAUCACACGUGUCCAGCGGGCCGAGCGUGACAGCAUCGUCGUCGUCGUCGUGCGUCUCUUUAUUGGAGGAACAGGUCUUCCUGGCGCAUUGUUAUUCGUUUGAUCCGAAAAACGCCUACGAAGCGGCCGCCGCGGCACAGAAGCGUCGUCCGCCGCCGGAGAGCACUGCGACGGCUCGGCGGAGCGCGAACGCUGCGGCCGCUGCAGACGAGGAGUCGUCCGCCGAGGUGGCCUCCUUUGGCGGCUACACCCUUUUCUUCUUUCACUUCGCCCGCAGCAAGGAUCGAACCUUUUUUGGUUCCGUGCAGAAUGCCGGCUUGCUGUACCCGAGCUGCUUCCGCAGCUAUAUGACGGAGGUGAAGACGACACAGAUGCUGGCCGCAGAUCAGGCGGGAGACGAGCAGGAGGGACGGGGAACAGGCGUUGAUGCGCUGCCUUCUUCCUCGCGCCGCUCCAGCAGACUCGCGGAGAGCCCGACGUACCACGCCGCAACCUCUUUUUUUCUUCCAGUAAACGGCAAGCGCUUCCACGUUACUGCAUCCGCUGCCGGGGGAGGUGGGGCUGCGCCUGCGACGACGUCGUGGACUGCGCAGACAAACAGCUACGCACAGAAGACCUUUAAUCCAGCCCCCGCAGCCCCCAGGAGGGACUCCGCUUCUCCGCUUCGCCACAGCGCUGACGCGACUUGGCCCGCCUCCUCUACGGAAGCUGCAACAGCCGCCAACUGGAGUGGCACACGCGACGAGGAAAGCGCGACUGAAGCAACGCAGGAGCAAAUUCGAUCCCAAAUCAGCAACGCCUUCAGCGAGUGGAAAGGUACUGUAACGGCGCGUGUGGCGGCGGCAGCGGCGGCAUCGUCGCCCCUCAGCGAGGCCACGCGAACUCUGUCUAAAGCCGGCGCGAGUGUGCGCGAAAACGGUCCGUCGCUUGCGUUAAAAGAAGACGUGCAAUGUGCACGGGCGGAGGUUUUUUCGUGGGAGGACCGCCUCGAUGCGGAGGACCGUGCCCUCGUGGAUGGUGCUGAAAGGGGCGGAAGCUUCGCGAGCUCGUGGGAACGCGGGUGGCGGCUAGCGCCUGCCCCCAUCGCCGUAGCGGUGCCGAUCGUCUACGACUCUGGCAUGUCGCUGCGCAUCGCAGGCAUGCAAACCGCAUGUGCGGUCACUCACACGGGUGAAAUCGCAGCCGACGGUUGCCUAGGGAAGGCUGACGUGACGGUGGCAGACGCACCUUUAGCCGAGGCGAUGUGGAAGGUGCUCUACAUGCCGCCGACUUCGCCAGAGCACUCCACCGCACAGCCCUUGUCUUCUUCCACGCCGCUUCACAAAGAAACAGCAUCGCCGACGAUGGCUGUUGGCGGGGGUGCGGUGCUGCCGCUCGCCGAGGACCGCCUCUCCACCGCACGGUAUCGGCUGCUGCUUCCGUUUCUGCGCACCCCGCGACGCGUGCGGCCGGCAGCAGCUCUGCGACCUUCAUUGCUGUCAGUCUCUGAACCUGCUGUUGCGGUUCAGGAUAUGUGCUGCCCGGCGCUGUGGCACGUGGACGAGCUGGAGGCGUUGUGCGGGUGGCGUCGGUUCCGUUCGCAGUUCCUCGAACCCUUCGGCAGCUUCUCUGCGCUGCUGAAUCACGACCUUUACGUCGCGCUCGGCAGCAACACUCCUGCGUUCUCCUCCUUUUCCUCUCCCCGCUGUGGAACUCAAACCUUCGCCCGUGGCGGCGGCGCGGCGACGGAUCGACAUCUGCCCUACAACGAGAGGGUGUGUCGCAGUCCGGUUGUCGUGCUCAACGAUGACGCGUACAUCCGUCGUGUGCUGCUGCCGGCCAUGCUAGACUUUGCAAGGCAUACAAGCCUGCUGCUGAAGAGCGGGCUGUACGUUUAUCGUGGUCUGUCCGAGAACCUGAUGAAGGACAGUCAACUGCCCACGAGACAACACCAAGAAGCCUCAGCGCCAGCUUCUUCUCACGAUCACGCUUCGGAGAAGUUCCCUUACGACAACCUGCAGCAGAAGACGUUUACGGUGACUGAUGAGGCAGAGGAUGUCGGCGUGCAUCAUCGUUUGCUGGUCGGAUUCCUCCAGCGACUCCAGCGAAGUCCUCCUGAGCCACUACGUGCGUGGCUUGCAGAGCCGCAAGACGAUUCGGUCAGUCAUCAGGCUAUGAGCCAGCGCACAGAGGUGCCAGAGGCGUGUCUAGCCUUCUUCAGAGAGAGGGUAAAACAAGUAGUCGACGCCGCGCCAGCCGCAACAGUGGCGGCAGAAAGGACAACUCCUGGCAGCAGUGCCGUCGCAGCGAACCUCGCCCUUUCUCAGGUGGUCACCGAACGCGUGGAUGCCCUUCAUGCGUUGACGCCUGCAAACAUACGUGUGGUGCCGCUUCUGGAUUUCUUUACGUGGGCCUCCAUCUGCUCUGAUUUUUCGGCAGCGGCGCGCGAUGAGCUUCGAUGUCACGCCGCGGCCGUCCGGUCGAAGUUCACCACGCAGGACUGCGUGAUGGCGACGAAGUUCUGUGCCCAGUUCCCAUCGCGUUUCUGUGUGGAGGGCGGCAACGGCUCCUCGGUGGCGUUGAUGGAGUAA